AUGACUUCGAUAUUUGCUAUACUAAUAGUGAUUAUUAUUGUCUCAGAUUUAUUAACCACUUAUAUUUUGCGCGGAAUAUUGUGGUCAUUUGUAAUUUCGAUAUGUGUAUUCAUCUAUGCCUUCAAUCAAAUAGUUGUUCCAAUUCAAAAUCUUCUAAUAUUCUUGUUGGCUCUUCAAAGAUUCUUUUUAUAUUUUUAUCCAAAUUCUGAGAAAUAUAUUGUUCCAAGUGAAAAACGAUUCCGAUGUUUCCUCAACUGGCUAUACUUCAUUUUCAUUUCUGGAAGUAUAUUUAACAUUAUGUUCCUUGUGAAAUGUUGGUGGGAGAAUUCAUCUUUUAAUGAGGGAAUUGAUUACGAUCCAAGUUGGUCCAUUCUAAAUUCUGUAAGAAAUACAGUUAUUUCAAUUUCUGUUCGAAAAAUUUUAUUAUAGGCGAUUUAUAUAAUCCUGGACCUUGUUGUGAUGUUAUCAUCAAUAUUUUAUAUAAGUAUUCUGAUAAGUGUUCGGAAAAUUACAACCAUGGCUUCAAGUUUUAUGAGAAACCGCCCAGAAAAAGUGAUAUUCUACCAAACUUUGGUUUUAUUAGUUGUCAAAAUUCUCUGCGUCCCAAUGUGUAUAAUAUAUGCAUGGUCAAUGAAAAUGCAAAACCUUACUAUGAACAAAGCUUUCAAUGUGGUAAUAUCAUUUCUUUUCGUUUUCCAAGCAAAUCAUUUAAUGUUUAAGAUCUAUUACUCCAUGUUCUUAAUUGAUAUGUUAACAACUCCAAUAGUAUUCCAAAUCACAUAUAUUUUCUGCAACAAAACAAAUCUUGACAUUCUUCUGAAAAUGAAUUUCAGAAAAUUGAAAACUUGGAUGAUUGUUUGUUGCGGAGCAUCUUCAAAGAUGAUUGAAAAUCACCAUGAAGUAUAUAGCACGAGCAAAACAUAG